UACCCUGCUGCUAAACGGUGCGGGGCGCGGGUGGGAGUCGCUCUCGGUAGCGGCGGACUUAGCCGAAACGGCUGCGGCUAGAGAGACCCAUCUCUGUGGAGGAGUAGGAGACCCGACGGAAGGGGACGCGUGUACCUCAACUGCCGGUGGUGAUAAGCCUCCGGCAUCUCAGCACAUGUACGCGAGCACCGUGUUCGGUCGGCACACAACGCACUCGAACGCACUAUUUAUAUAUACAUAUACGCACGUGAAAUAGACGGUACUUUUUUUUUUCCUCUUCGUUUCGGUCGCGUCAUUAUAAUAAUCCCGAAAAGUGUCGCGAGCUCGACCCGAGUACCACACAUCCGCUCGGCACAUUCGUAUAUUACAGUCGUAUAGUCGCGGUGCGCAGAGCAGUCCUCCUGCAGUCGCUCCGUCCGAAACGCGUCCUCUCGUCACACGUCGCGGUGAAUCGAAAAACGGAUCGUCCGUCGAAUUUUUGUUUUUACCGAUUUUUUCUGUUUACGCGCCCGCAAAUGUGUUCGUCUCUCCCGUGACUAGAGCCGAUUGUUUUACUUAUACGAUUCCCGAUCCCGUCGAUCGACGCCUAUAUACCUAAAUCCCGUACAGCAUUAGCGAAUCUUCCGCCGCAUCGCCGUAUAGUCGUGCCGAGUCCACAAUGACGACGCGUCGUAAGCUUUUGCUGUUGACGGUGACGUUUUUGGCCUUUUACGGUACCGCCGGAGCGCAACCGCGCGGCUCCGCCGGGUCGUCCGGUCCGGCCGUCCGGAGCAUUUGCGACAUUUGCGCGUGCGCUCCCGACAACGUCCGGCCCGUGACGGUCAACUGCACGUGCACGAAGACAAAAUUGCUCAUCGUCCGGGACGAGGACGCCGCUCUGCUGUCGUCCGUCCAGGACCUGACGCUGGCCAGUUGCGGUUUCGUGUCGCUGCCGUCGUCCGGGCUGUCCGCCUCGACGUCGCUGGCCCGCGUCACCGUGCGCGACAUGAAACUGUUCCACUACACGGCCGGCCUGUUCCCGGCGCUGGAGAGCUUGACCGUCGAGAACGUCGACGAGCUGGUGCUGGACGGCUUCGGGACGGCCAACCGGACGCUCCGCCAUCUGACGCUCCGCCGCACCGCCGUGGUCAAGCUGGUCAAGGGCACGGUGACGACGGCCGCGCCGCUGCGCCGGGUCCUGUUCGACCGGGUGGACGUGGACGAGAUCGAGUCCGGUGCGCUGGACAUGUCGUUCGUCGGCGACGGCGACAGCGGACAGCUGGCGGCCGCCGACGGAUUCACGGUCGUCAAUUCUACGAUCAAGUCGGUGCAGUCGAGCGGCGUGGCCGUCCGGUCCGGCGCCGUCAGGAUACUGAACAGCACGCUGGACAAUUUGGCGUCGGGCGCGGUGGUGGUGGACGACGCGCGUAGAGGCGUCAGGCUGUCCGGCAACCGUCUGGGCUUGAUGGUCGGCGACAGCCUGUCGGCCAUGCAGUGGGACGGCGGCGACGCGUCCGUGCGCGUGGACGGAAACGAGUUCCGCGCGCUUCCGGCCGACAUGCAGCUGCUCCGGUCCGAGCGGCCGGCCGACUUCGUGGCCAACUACGUGGACAACGUGGACCUGGGCCCGUUCCUGUUCGGGCUGGGGCCCGCCGUCCGGGCGGCCGGCAACCUGUUCACGUGCGACUGCGACCCGCGGCGCAUCAGCGUGCUCAAGCUCAACAAGGUGUUCCCGGGCCUGCUGCAGCCGGACGUGGACACCCGGUUCGCCGGUCUGCUGGCCGACAACUACUGCCGGCAACCGGCCAACACCACGCUGGCCGGUUACAGGGACCUGCUGGUCAGGGAGAUCGUGUGCGAGGGCGCCAACGUGACCGCGGUCCAGCCGUCGCCGGAAUCGCCGACGGGCCAUCCGCAACCGUCCGGCGGCGACACCGCUGCCCAGAACCGCGGUAACGCGGUCGCCACUGCCGCCGCGUACGCGAGCGCGGCCGCCGUCGUCACUUCGUUCCUGUUGCGUACCGUCAUCUGCUAAGCGCACCCAAAACGACUUCAGAAUUCGUUUUUUUUUUUUUUUUUAAAAACAAUUUUUUAUUUCAAAUAUAUUUUUCAUAUUUUUUUUUUUUACGCAAUACCGAACUGAAACUUUAUAUACAUAAUUAUAAUAUUAUAUUUUAAUCGAUUUUAUUGGUACUUAAUACUUAAAACGUGUUUAUACGACGUUUUAAUAUCUACACUUUGAAACUGUACAACGGACGCGAUGCUCCUCCACUUAUAAUAAUAAUUAUAAAUUAUAAUACUACCUAUACUAUUAAAUAAUUUGUAAAUAUUACAAUAUAUUAUUAUGUAUUAAGAUAAAUUUUGUAUUUUGUAAUUGUAUUUUUUUUUUUUUUUUAGACAUUAAAACGUUUUGUAAAUCUUUUCA